GGGACCCAGUAACCAGAAUCGGAACCAGGACCCGGAGCGGAGCCGGACGCAUGGGGCCGCGCGUGCUGCUAGUGCGCAUGGGCCGGCUGCCCUACGCCGAGGCGCUGGGCCUGCAGGAGCGCUGGCUACGACGGCUGCAGGCGAGGCGGGGCCCCGGCGCCGAGGCGGGCGCGCUGCUGCUGGGAGAGCCCGCGGGGCCCGCCUACACGGCCGGCCUGCGGGGCGGGCUGGAGCCUGGCGAGGAGGCGCGGCUGCGGGCGCUGGGCGCCGACGUGCGGCGCACGGGCCGCGGCGGCCUCGCCACCUUCCAUGGGCCCGGCCAGCUGCUGGCCCACCCGGUGCUGGACCUGCGGCCCCUGGGCCUCCGCCUGCGGACGCACGUGGCGGCGCUGGAGGCCUGCGCCGUGGGUCUGUGCCGCCGCCUGGGCCUCCCGGCCGCCCUCGCCCGGCCCCCGCCCUACACCGGCGUCUGGCUGGGCGACCGCAAAAUCUGUGCCAUCGGGGUCCGAUGUGGAAGGCACAUCACAUCCCACGGUCUGGCUCUGAACUGCUCCACGGAUCUGACUUGGUUUGAGCACAUUGUACCCUGUGGCCUGGAGGGAAUGGGAGUCACCUCCCUCAGUGAAGAACUCCAGAGACAGGUCACAGUGGAGGAGGCCACAGACCCCUUUCUAGAAGCCUUUGAAGAGGCCUUCCAGUGCACUCUGACAUUGCGCAACCAGGAUAGUGAUUGACAGACCUCCUGGGAAACCAGCCCUAGGAACCCCAGCGUCAGUCAAACUGCUGGCUAGCCUGUGAGAUGACCUGGGAAUGGACAGUUUAUUUGUAAUGAGCACGGGACUUGGCAGUCAGAAGGCCAAGAUUCAGAUCUAGGCACUGACUCACCUUCCUCUCUUUGGGCCUUAGUUUCCCCAUUUGUCAAAUGGGGGAAAGUCAUAUUUGCACUACCUGCCUCACAAGGCUCUUGUGAGGAAAGAGUUUUAUUUUAGGGAAAGAAAUUGAGAGAGGUGGUUUCAUACCCCUGCUCUAACCCAAUAGGCAUGCCUAUGGAUUAGGUGCUUCAACUAUGAGCCUUUGUUCCCUUGAAUGAGGGUAAUAACAGUGGUACCGCCUACCUCACCAGAUUAUUGUGAAGAAAGUGCUUUGUAAGUCUUAAAGGGCUAUAAAAUGAGGUAAUAUAUAUUUAAAACCUUAAUUAAAGCCAUAUAAAAGUGA